CUUAAGCAUCCACGGUACUGUAUCCCUGCUCUCGUCUUCCUCCUCCUCUUGCUGCUCCAGGUCCUCAGCCUGCGCGAUGGCGAAGCCGCUUACCGACAGCGAGAGACGGAAGCAGAUCAGUGUGCGCGGCCUGGCGGGGCUGGGCGACGUGGCCGAAGUGCGGAAGAGCUUCAACCGGCACCUGCACUUCACGCUGGUCAAGGACCGCAACGUGGCCACGCCCCGGGACUACUUCUUUGCGCUAGCGCACACAGUGCGUGACCACCUGGUGGGCCGCUGGAUCCGCACGCAGCAGCACUACUACGAGCGCGACCCCAAGCGCAUUUACUAUCUUUCGCUGGAAUUCUACAUGGGCCGGACACUGCAGAACACGAUGGUGAACUUGGGUCUUCAGAGUGCUUGUGAUGAAGCUAUUUAUCAGCUGGGGCUGGACUUGGAGGAACUAGAGGAAAUAGAAGAGGAUGCCGGCCUUGGGAAUGGAGGCUUGGGGAGGCUGGCAGCCUGUUUCCUUGAUUCGAUGGCCACCCUGGGACUGGCAGCAUAUGGCUAUGGAAUCCGCUAUGAGUUUGGGAUUUUUAACCAGAAGAUUGUGAAUGGCUGGCAGGUCGAGGAGGCUGACGACUGGCUGCGUUACGGCAACCCCUGGGAGAAGGCGCGCCCAGAGUACAUGCUUCCUGUGCACUUCUAUGGGAAAGUAAAGCAUACCCCAGAUGGGGUCAAGUGGCUGGACACCCAGGUGGUGCUGGCCAUGCCCUAUGACACGCCGGUGCCAGGCUACAGGAACAACACCGUCAACACCAUGCGGCUGUGGUCUGCCAAGGCGCCCAAUGACUUCAAGCUCCACGACUUCAACGUGGGGGACUAUAUUGAGGCCGUCCUGGAUCGGAACUUGGCUGAGAACAUCUCCAGAGUCCUCUACCCGAACGAUAACUUCUUUGAGGGGAAGGAGCUGCGCCUGAAGCAGGAGUACUUUGUGGUGGCCGCCACCCUGCAGGAUAUCAUCCGCCGCUUCAAGUCCUCCAAGUUUGGCUGCCGGGACCCUGUGAGGACCUGCUUUGAGACGUUCCCAGACAAGGUGGCCAUCCAGCUGAAUGACACCCACCCGGCCCUCGCUAUCCCCGAGCUCAUGCGAAUACUGGUGGAUGUGGAAAAGGUGGACUGGGACAAGGCCUGGGAAAUUACAAAGAAGACCUGUGCAUACACCAACCACACGGUGCUGCCUGAGGCCUUGGAGCGCUGGCCCGUGUCCAUGUUUGAGAAGCUGCUGCCGCGGCACCUGGACAUCAUCUACGCCAUCAACCAGAGGCACCUGGAUCACGUGGCGGCCCUGUUCCCUGGUGACGUGGAUCGCCUGCGGAGGAUGUCUGUGAUCGAGGAGGGGGACUGCAAGCGGAUCAACAUGGCACACCUGUGUGUGAUUGGGUCCCACGCCAUCAAUGGCGUGGCCAGGAUCCACUCGGAGAUCGUGAAGCAGUCUGUCUUUAAAGACUUUUAUGAGCUGGAGCCAGAGAAGUUCCAGAACAAGACGAAUGGCGUCACACCCCGCCGGUGGCUCCUGCUGUGCAACCCGGGGCUGGCCGACAUCAUCGUGGAGAAAAUUGGGGAGGGUUUCCUGACUGACCUCAGCCAGCUGAAGCAGCUCCUGCACCUGGUCAGUGAUGAAGCUUUCAUCAGGGAUGUGGCCAAAGUCAAACAGGAGAACAAGCUGAAGUUCUCUGCCUUCCUAGAGAAGGAGUACAAGGUAAAAAUCAACUCCUCCUCCAUGUUCGACGUGCAUGUCAAGAGGAUCCAUGAGUAUAAGCGCCAGCUGCUGAACUGCCUGCACAUCAUCACCCUGUACAACCGAAUAAGGAAAGACCCAACAAACUCCUUUGUGCCCAGGACUGUCAUGAUUGGGGGAAAGGCAGCUCCUGGUUACCACAUGGCCAAAAUGAUUAUCAAGUUGGUCACAUCCAUCAGCAAUGUCAUCAACCACGACCCCGUUGUAGGUGACAGGCUCAAAGUGAUCUUCCUAGAGAACUACCGUGUGUCCUUGGCAGAGAAAGUGAUCCCGUCUGCAGACCUGUCACAGCAGAUCUCCACUGCGGGCACUGAGGCCUCAGGCACGGGCAAUAUGAAGUUCAUGCUCAAUGGGGCCCUCACCAUCGGGACCAUGGAUGGCGCCAACGUGGAGAUGGCCGAGGAGGCGGGGGAGGAGAACCUCUUCAUCUUCGGCAUGCGGGUGGAGGAGGUGGAAGCGCUGGACCGGAGUGGGUACAACGCCAGAGAGUACUAUGACCGCCUCCCCGAGCUGAGGCAGGCGGUGGAUCAGAUCGGCAGUGGGUUCUUCUCUCCCAGGGAGCCUGACUGCUUCAGGGAUGUUGUCAACAUGCUGAUGAACCAUGACAGGUUCAAGGUGUUUGCAGACUAUGAGGCCUAUAUGGAGUGUCAGGCGAAGGUGGAUCAGCUGUACCGGGACCCUAAGGAGUGGACUAAGAAGGUCAUCUGGAACAUCGCCUGCUCAGGCAAGUUCUCCAGUGACAGGACCAUCACAGAGUAUGCCCGGGACAUCUGGGGUGCAGAGCCCUUGGACCUGAAGAUCCCCCUGCCCAACGUUCCCCAGGACUAGGUUCCCAUGUCCCUGUCCACUCCUGGGGUCUCCCCACUCACAGCUCCUAUCCUUUCCCAGACCCUGUCCACUCGGGCCCCGUCCACUCACGAGCUCCGUGCACUCCUGGGCCCCCAUCCACUCCUGGGCUCUCAUGCAGCGUUCCCAGCACUUGGCCAGCAGCCAGUGGUCCUUGCUUUUCUCACUGCUGUUUCCUGGGGGGGGCCGUGGGUUCUCAGGGGUAGGGCAAGGAGGGAGAAGUACGUGGGGCAUAUGAAGUUCUCACGGGUUCUCAGCAAAAGGGAGUGUGCAGAGGGUGGCCGUGGCUUCUCCAGAAACCCCGCAAGCACCUUGCUGAGCUUGAAUGCCUUUGAUUUUAAGCCUCUGGACCCUGGGUCUGUGGCAGGUGGCUAUGCUGAGCGCCCAGCUCUGCCACCUCUGUCCAGGGCUCUGCACCUGAGUGAGGGGUGGGAGUGGGGGAAGUCGAUAAUGGAAAAUUUCAAACACAUACAGCAUACAGAACUAGAAACCGUAGUAUAAGCACACCCCAUCCUCACCACAGAGGCAGCUGCCGGGGGGAGCAUUUGGACAACCCUCCUCCACUGUUGUGGAGUACACCCCUGACCCCACAUGGGCACAUCCUUUAAGACUUUUUGUUUCCAAAGUAUUUUCACCUUUUUGCAGUAAGGCUAGUGGCUAAAUAGGAAGUGUAUCGUCCAGUUUCAUGUCAAGGGACAUUAAAAGAUGUAAACUUUAAUGUUUAAAACUAAAAGGUAGUUACUUAGCAGAAAAAAUCAAUUUGGCCUGGUGCACAGGGCUGAGGUGGCCCGUGGUGGGAGGGUUCCGCCCAGCAGCCACCGCCUCUCUCCCCAUGGCCUGGAGCCCUGGCUUGGCCAGUGGGACUUGGGUGUCACAGUGGAGGGAGGAGGGAGGUCUGGACUGGGCGAGUGUCCUCCCUGACCCCACCUGCUCUUGGCUCCCGUCCAGGGCUCUUGCCGUCUGCAGUGGGGAGAGUCCGGCGGUCAGCGCUGGGCUGCAUGCGCUCGUGUGCCCCAGCUGUGGGGACUGCAGUCCUGGGGAGGGGGGCCGAGACAGAUGAGGGACACCACAGAUGACCGGGUGAACAUUAGGGGCGUGUCUGUCAGGCCUCCAGCGCAGGUUGUAAUUCAGGUUUAGCCCAGUUCUACUUUUACAGAGAAGUUAACAAAGUUAACAUCACAAAGAAAUGAAACUAGCUGAGGCCUCUUCUUGUUUUAGUUGCUAUAAAUUGUACUUCUUUAAGUUUCCUGAACAAAGGAGGCAGGGCUGUGUGUUUCUUACCUGGCUGGAGGCUGGUCCGUGCCCAUCCCCUAGCCAAGACCACCUGUCCUUGCUGGUUGGGUGCCCAGCAGGUCUCUGCCUCUGCCACGUGAGCCCACCCCCUACCAGUGCACACAACCUGGCUUGGAGAAGGGACUGAGUGGGCCCAUGAGGGGAGCCUUGGCCAGCUCUGCCAGGACAGUGGCCAGGUGCGCCCUCCUGGGGCCACCUGACAUGGUGUGAUGGCUCUGCGGGAGGGGUCUCCUGACUGCUUGUGGGUACUGUGGUUCAGAGCCCCUGGGUGUUUUCAGGGGAGGGAUCAAGUUCUGGCUGUGGCUGUGCCUGACAGCACCUAGUUGGCCCGUGCGCCCCACACGCCACUGGACUGGUGUGUGUGGCUGUUACCGCAGCACUCACUGUCACUGCCCCCACCUCACCCCACCCCAAGUGAGCAACAUUAAAUCUCUGCCC